GUUAACGCCCAGAUCUGCACCGAGAGUUGCAGGUGAAGCGAUUGGAGCUGUGCAGGUGCAUUUCAGCAACUUUAACUUUUCCGUUGAAGCGUACAUCUCACUACAAGCUGUUAACAGCCUCAGAUAAGGCCGAGCGAGAAGUAACCGAAGGGUUGGCCAGACGCAAAGCAAGUGUCAAUGGAUGCGACAGACAUCUUCCUGCAAGAGUUUAGCGCAGUUGAUGGUGUCUCUCAACCAAUAAACAGGCUAGAAAGGAAGCUCUUUGCGGCUAUACAAAAAGGAGAUCUGGAAAAAUUUAGGACUAUUCUUGACUUUUCCAAAACAAAAUGCGACCUGAAUUGUGUCAACAGCUCUGGUAAAACACUUUUACAAGAAGCGGUAGAUGUGGAAGAUGCUCCUGUCCGAAGCAGUAUAAUCAAGUCCUUACUGAGCGAAGGAGCUGACCUGGAUCUAGCCUUGUUAUACGUGGUACGCGUUGAUGACGUGAGAAGCUUGAAAAUUUUACUGAAAUUUUAUGGUCCUCCGUUGUCGGAACCUUUUCCACCUUUGUCUCCAUGCAUUAGAAAGUAUUCGAAACAAGAGCUCCACAUGACACCGCUGAUCCUGGCGGCCUGUUUGAGGAAUUUCCAAAUUGUGAAGCUUCUUCUUGAGCACGGAUUUACCAUUUGUGAAUUGCAAAGUGAUUCUCAACGCCCCAUCGAAGUCGUCAGCGAGAAGCUGGGACCUGCCAUGCUCCGGUUGAACAGGUAUCGAGCUCUUGCAAGUCCUGUGUACAUGGCGGCUUCAUUUCUGCAAAACCCGUUCAGCGGCCCGGAUCCUGUUCAUCGCGCAUGUAUUCUUAACAAGAAACUGUCUGACAUCGCUGAGCAGGAGUAUGAAUUCAGAAAAGAGUAUUUGGCUCUCAGCGAUGGCUGUAAAGAAUUUGCCGUGGAUUUGUUGAAUGAAUGCCGCUCAAUGAAAGAGAUCAGGUGUGUUAUGGAAAUGCAGAAUGAAGAUAAAGCGCUGCCACACGUCCAAGGAAAGCUCAGUCUGAACAUUCUGGAGUUUGCCACUGUCACGGAAAAUGAAAAGUUCGUCAGUCAUCCUUACAGCCAGCUUGUGUUAAAUUCCGAAAUAUACAGAGAUGUCCCAUUCUUGGAGAAAAGUUCAUGGAAGCAGUUUAUCCUGAUAUUAUUGGCUUUCGUCUGGUAUCCUUUGUUCUUCAUGGUUUGGUUGGUGUUGGACACUUUUUUUCCGAAGCACGAAGUGUCAAGGAUGUUUCACUCUCCCUGCGUAAAAUUCCUUGUUCAUUGUGGUUCCUAUCAAACAUUUCUUUUCAUGCUGUUUUUGUCUUCAUUUAAAUUUCAGAGCGAUUUUCUACAGUACGCCAUAGCUGAUUGGGUAAUUUUCAUGUUUGUGCUCGGACAUAUCGUGGAUGUUGUCAAACAAUUCUACCACGUGGGAAGAGUCCGUUUCUUUUCCAGCCAUUGGAACUACCUGGCUGUUGCAACAGUAUUAUCAUUUGUUCUUCAUUACAUCUUUUGGUGGUCUGGUCGCUCAGUCCUUGUAAAGAAACUGGAAACUAUGACGUGGGCCAACCACGCCGAUGAAUUUUCGUACACGAUCGUAUUGGUCUCCGACUGUUUUUUUGCAGUGGCAAUCCUGCUGGCCUUUACUCAAAACCUGGCCUUUAUCCAGGCCAACGCGACAAUUGGUCCUCUACUGCAAGCUUUCAUGAGAAUGAUGUUUGAUGUAAUGAGAUUUUUCUUUUACUUUAUAUUUGUCUUUCUCGCGUUUGUGGUGAGCUUCACCAAGCUCUAUUUACAGUAUGCUAAGGCCAGACAGUAUUUCCUUACGAGUUCAGGUGAUUCAAAUCAAACAGAUCCUCUUCAUCUUGAAAGUAUUUUAGACAGUACAAACACGAUCUUUUGGUCGCUGUUUGGUCAGAUAGACCCCAGCAGUUUCAAAAUCUCCGAAGCGGAGUAUGGUGUUAUUUGGAGAACUGGAAUGACCUUAUUUGGUGCCUUUAACAUCACAGCAGUGCUGGUAGCCCUCAAUAUGCUGAUCGCGAUACUCAACGACUCUUACGUCCAGAUAACGGCCAACUUGGAUGCUGAAUGGAAGUUAACAAGAACCAGAUUGUGGUUAAACUGGAUUUCCAAGAAGGGCGUUCUUCCUCCACCCUUCAACUUGGUGUAUUUGUUUGUUCCCAUCGUAUGCUUUACUCAGCAUCUUAUCUCAGCUUGCUGCUCAGAGAGAGUCUUACUACUUUGGAAACGACUUUUGAAAAAGAAACAAAAAAUCAGCUGGAAAGUUGACAGAAUUAACGAGAAGGAGAGACGGGAAGUGAUUCGCAGCCUUAUCCUAAGGAAUCUGGCGAAGAAAUCAUACCACACAGAGGCUGAAACUGAGCCAGUCGACUCCGACGAAGAAAAUGAGAACGAAGUGGCUGUUACCGUGUUAGAAGACAAUUGUUUACACACCAGCCAAGUAAACACGAAAUUAUGAACAUAAAAAAUGUUUUUUUUAUUGUCUUUGUUGCUAUUAAAUGUAUGUUAAGAACAUUUGAUAACCUGAUAACAUAAUUGCUUUUAUAUUACUUUGGGCCACCCUAAGAGUGGUGUAGAUCAACGUCGUGGGUUGGAAAUCAGGUUAUUCAUUAUGGAUUUUACUUAGGGAAGGUCGGGCAUUCUAAUUUAUGUUUUACUGCUUAAUUUUGAUAAUUUGACGAUUUACACUUAUGUUUAACAGCAAAUUUCAAAAGGUCGGCAUGAUAUUUCCUUAGAAAUACAUUACUGUAAAAAUUUACAAGUUGUUCCCUUGCUAUUU